AGUUUACGGAUUGCCGUCGUUGGGGCUGAUUGGGUGUAAUGAAUUUAAUUUAAUAUAUUAAUAAAAAACGUAUUUAUUCAAUUGACGACAGUAGCGAAUUGACUCUCGUACUAUGGACACGGAAGAUAACCGCGCUGAAGGUUGGAAGUACCUCAACAAGCAGUACUUUGGUGAUGGUGAACGCGCUAACUAUGUGAACAUACCGCAUGUGAUCGCGAUGGUCGGCUUGCCGGCUCGCGGCAAGACCUACAUCUCCAAGAAACUGUCCAGAUACCUCAACUGGAUAGGAAUCAACACUAGAGUGUUCAACCUUGGUGAAUACAGGCGGCACGCCACCACAGCGUACACGAGCCAUGAGUUCUUCCGCGCAGACAACAAGGAAGCCAUGGCGAUACGGCAGCAGUGCGCUCUGGAUGCCUUGCACGAUGUCUGCGAGUGGCUCGUCAAGGGCGGCGAGGUCGCCGUAUUUGACGCGACAAACUCGACGCUGGACCGGCGGCGCAUGAUCCGCGACAUCGUUGUGCACAAGAUGGGCUUCAAGCUCUUCUUCGUCGAGUCCAUAUGUGACGACCCUAGGAUUAUCGAACAGAAUAUUAUGGAGGUAAAAGUAAGCAGCCCUGACUACACAAACAUUCAAAACACAGACAAUGUACUAAACGACUUCCUGCUCCGGAUAGAGCAUUACAAAGAGAAAUAUGAGCCUUUGGAUGAAAGCCUGGAGUCUGAUUACAGCUACAUGAAAAUCUAUGACACUGGAGAGAAGGUGGUGGUACAUAAACAUGAAGGACACAUACAGAGCCGGAUUGUAUAUUAUCUCAUGAACAUACAUAUUGUUCCCCGGACUAUAUAUUUGACCAGGCAUGGUGAAAGCACACAUAACAUUGUGGGUCGUAUUGGCGGCGACAGCGAUCUCUCCCCACGCGGCCGGCAAUAUGCUAAGGCCCUCGCCAAUUACAUCGACCAGCAACAAAUACCCGGCCUGAGGGUCUGGACCUCGUGGAUGAAGAGGGCCAUACAGACCGUCAAAGAUGUCAAGGCUCCACAAGAGAGGUGGAAGGCACUCAAUGAGAUUGAUGCGGGUAUAUGCGAAGAGAUGACGUACGCGGAGAUUCAACAGAAAUACCCGUCGGACUUCAACGCUCGCGACGCGAACAAGUUCGCGUACAGGUACCCCCGCGGCGAGAGCUAUGAGGACCUGGUGGCGCGGCUGGAGCCCGUCAUCAUGGAGCUGGAGCGCCAGGGCAACGUGCUCGUCGUCUCUCACCAGGCCGUCAUGCGAUGUCUGCUCGCCUACUUCCUCGAUAAGUCCGCUGAGGAGCUCCCGUACCUGCACGUGCCGCUGCACACGGUGAUCAAGCUGACGCCGGUGGCGUACGGCUGUCGCGAGGAACACAUCAAGCUCUCCGUGCCCGCCGUCGACACGCAUCGCCCCAAACCUUCUGACGACGAAGACGCGGCUGAGAUACAAGUGAUACCCGCGCCGCCUAUAAAGCCGCCCACGCCUCCUGUUCUCAACGGUGAAACGAAUGGCGAACAAAGCGAAGAUAGCCAGUCGCAUUAAUAUUAUACACAGGACACGUAGUUAAUGAUAUCAAUACAUUGUCCAUGCUAGUUCAAAAAGUUAGUUUGUAAAUGACAUUUGGGUAUUUCUUUUUCUGCGUGAACGAGUAAAAAUAGAUUGUGGUGGUUAUCUGUGACUGUCUACAAUCAGUCGAGUCGACGAAUUUGAGACUGAUGAUAAGUGAGUUUAGAUUUUUAAAUUUUUAAGUCGUGUUACUGUCUUUAUAUGAAAAAAUAAUAACUUUUUAAUACGUUCACGUCCACAUGGCCGAUUGUCACCGUUCACUCAGAGUCAGCGCGGGGUCACAACAUUUGGAUAUGUUUGUUAUGGUCUUAUGCUUUAACUUAAAUUUUCCCGCCUAUAAUUUCAAGUUUUCUCCUUUGGCGCUACAGCGCUUAUGCUGCUGCAUUAUAGCUUCCCUUGAGUUGCAAACAAAGCGCAGUCCCUAAAUUCUGACAAGCGCUUUAUUCGCUUACUAGCGUGAGACGCAAGUACAGCGUUAAUAAACCGCGAAUUCUAUACACCUAUUGUGCCCCACGCAUUAUAUAUUUUUGUAAGCUGUCUCUGGUUGUCUAGCUAGCGCCUGUCAUCCUAUCAUAUUUAUAAAAUAAUAUUUAAUUAUACAUAAGAAUUUUUACAAAGUGGCUAUGUAUAUUAAAUGUAAUAUUGUAAAAUUAUAAUUAACUUUUAUUUAAAUAUAAGUUUAAUGUAAGUGGGA